AAACACUGGCAAGAGAGGACUUUAUGAAGAAAGGACAAGAAUAAAAAGUUUUUUUGUAAUUAUUUUUGACUGAAGAUUUUAUUUCUAGCUAGAAAUGACUGGUGUAGUCACCCACUAUUCGCUCUGUUUGUAGUUUUUCACCUUGGCUAAGGGAGGUACUAGCCGCUAGCAUAUACCAGUAACCUGGCAACGCACGCAGACGUAUGUGAAGCCCUUACAAGAUUUAUGAGGCAACGUAUAGGCAGCAGAGGGCUCCCUGUUUGGGACACAGCCUAUAGGUCUACGAUUACGCCACUCCAAAAAGCACUUCCGGCUUCUCGUUCCCAUGAUGCAUCAGCGGGGGAAAUUCAAUUCAAACACUUGGAGACAUGGGUGAGGAGGGACUCGGAAAAGAAGGGGAAGUAAGUAAAAUUAUGACUGUUAUCACAAAGCCCGAGUGUUUAGUGGAUAGUGGCGGUGAAGUUGAGGUGGAGCAGUGUGAUGGACAGAGCAGAGACACGGCGAGUCAACAGCACACACAGGGAGAGACGGAGAACUCGAGCGGGCUGUGUCCGGUUCUCUCGGUCAGCACUGCUGCUUUUAGUGAAGCUCAGCGCCAUACAACAAUAACAACAACAACAACAACAACAACAGCUGCUGGGAAUAAAGACGUGUCUGAAAAGGCACCAAAUGUUAGAGCAGAAUCACUAAACGGAGAGGAAGCGAAGGAAAAUAGAGAUAGCACCGCAGCACCAGAGAGCCAGCAGGACAACAGUAAGUGUAAAAGUUUCCUACCUGAACACGUGACCGGACAGCAGGAGUCUGACUAUAGCCAAGUGUCUGUGCAACAGCCUGUGUGCGAUGAGGAUGAUGAGGAGAUCGCGAGGAGAGCCCGAGAGGAAGGCCGCGUGGACGUGGUAUUUCAAGGGAGCGUGACACAGGACGGCUGUUGCAGAUUCGUCUGUGAGCUCCUCAAGUGUGUCCUGUACCAGAGACAACAGCUGCCCAUGACCUAUGACCAGAUGGUCUUCUUCCAAAAGCAGCAGCUCGCCACCACACAGCUGGACGAAGGAGCAGUUAGGAAAUCCAUCAAGCCAUCAGGAGACUCAACUUGGCAGCGGUGCCAGCGGACACUGCGAGAGCUGGAUGAGGUGCUGGGCCACAUGGAGGUGCUGUUCUCCCUCAGUUACGUCCCCCGUGUGCUCUUCAUGCUGGGAAGCUCUGGGAUUCUUCCCACAGAGUUAUACGAGAUCAACAUGGAGGCUUUGGUGCAGGGAGGCAGCGACAGAAGUUUGAGAACUUCCCUGUGUUUGAGGCGGCUGUUUCGCACCCUUUUCGUGGCGGAUUUGCUUUCUGACGUUAAGCCAGUGCGCCUCAUGGGCACCACAGUCAUGGCGCUCGCCCAUCGGGACUGUGGUGUAGAAUGGUUCAAGCCGAAAGUCAACUUCAGAGUUCCCACAAGGGUAAAGAGACAGGUGAUAUCAUUAGCCAGUGGCACUUCUGGAAGUGGCCAAAGAAAGGCGGACACUAGCGAUUGGGAUGAUUAUAUAUGGUUUCAGACACCUGUGACUAUUAAGGGUUUCUGUAAAUGACACAGUCCUAAAGGCAGGUAAAAGCAUGGUGCUGAAAUUUCAGGGAUUGAUAAAUUACACCUGUUGAAAACCUCAAAACUGAGUCAUUUUUAGUUUCAUUCAUGAAUUGAUUUUUAAUGAAAUGCCAUUAAUUCACAUAUGAUGAUUGUUAAGCAGUUAAUAUCAACAUAACUGACAUGCUUCCCUUUCAGAAUUCAAACUCGAUUUUAUUAUGGAGAAACAACUAACUUUUAUGACAGAGAAUACAUUUUCAACAUGUCUGUUAUCUCAUUGAGAACACAGUCAGAUUGUGUGAUCAACAUAAGAGCAAGUCUAAAUUAUAUGAAUACCUGAAGUUUUACUUUUAUACCAUGUAGUUAUAUUUUAUACAAGGUGACAAGAUUUGCAACUAUUCUAUUAAAAUGUUUCAUGACAAACUAUAAA